ACCACACCAAACCACUCUCACUCUCUUCUAUUUCUUUCUCUCUCAUAUCCCCAUUUCGACUUUUUCUUUCUUCCCCCCCCCACGUUCACUUAGUUUAUUGCCUUCUUCACCUACAAUGACCAUCUCUUCUCCUCCUCUCUCCUUCCGUCUGUAACUUCAAGAAACAACUUUCCAAAGGAAACUGAAAACCCCAUUAUCCGGAAAUGGACGAACGUUUGAAAGAAUCCGACAAAACAGCCCUGGCGGGGAUGGCCCACUCGCCGCCUCACCGGAAAGCCCACUCCUACAGCCAACAGCUGAGAACAAGCCACCACAAGCGCCACUCCAACCCCUUCCGCAACCAUAGCCUUGACGACACCAAUAUCUUGGGAAACUUCCGCGGCAAGAAAAAGGAUGGAUACUAUGAAGGCAUCAUUUCUUCCGACGACGACGGUGAGUUUUCUCGUUGUUCUGGUACAAGUAACGGUGGUGGCGACGACCAAGUCGAUUACGAUGAUUUCAGUCAGAGGAUUGAGGGAAUCGGGAUAGGAGACGGCAGCGCGUUAGAUGAAAGCCAGCAGCAGCCCAGUCAACCGCUGCCGGAGAUUAUGGGGAGCGGUGGAGGGGUGGGAGUCUUUAGGGUGCCCAAUAGGGCGGCCUGUCACCCUCACCGGCCAGCCUGUCUUGAGCUCAGACCGCACCCUCUGAGAGAAACUCAGGCUGGAAAGUCCUCAAGGACAAUCGCCAGUACAGACACACAACUGUGGGCGGGGCUAGAAUCAGGGGUAAGAGUAUGGAAAUAUGCAGAUGCAUAUGAGCCAGGGUGUGGGUUUGAGACUGGGAAAAAGACACGGAGAGGAGACGAGGAUGCUUCUCCAUUUUAUGAAUCGGCAAACACAUCACCAGUUUUUUGUAUGAUGGUAGAUCAAGGAAGCAAGUUGGUUUGGACUGGGCAUAAGGAUGGUAAAAUCAGGUCUUGGAAGAUGGAGCAGAAUUUCUCUGAUGACACGGCUUUCAAAGAAGGUUUUUCUUGGCAGGCACAACGAGCUCCAGUUCUCUGCAUGACAAUGUCUUUCUACGGUGAUGUAUGGACAGGUUCAGAGGGUGGUGUUAUAAAGGUCUGGCCAUGGGAGUCCAUCGAAAAGUCUCUAGCCCUAUCACCUGAGGAAAAACACAUGGCUGCUUUGUUAGUGGAAAGAUCAGCUAUUGACCUCAGAAGCCAAGUUACAGUUAAUGGAGUAUGCUACAUUUCCUCUUCAGAUGUGAAAUGUUUGUUAUCCGACAAUGUUAGAGCCAAAGUGUGGGCUGCUGGAUCCAUGUCCUUCUCCCUCUGGAACGCUCGCACAAGAGAACUUGUAAAAGUAUUUAACAUCGAAGGUCAAAUUGAAAAUCGUGUUGAUAUGCCAUCAUCUCAAGACCAGGUAGUUGAAGAUGAGAUGAAUGUUAAGUUUGUAACAAAGUCUAAAAAGGACAAGUCCCAAGGGUUUUUGCAAAGGUCUCGUAAUGCUAUAAUGGGUGCUGCAGAUGCUGUUCGUCGAGCAGCGAAGGGGGCAGGAGCUUUUGUUGAAGAUACUAAAAAGACGGAAGCAAUAGUGCUUGCCACUGAUGGUAUAAUAUGGACUGGAUGCUCUAAUGGCUUAUUAAUCCAAUGGGAUGGAAACGGGAACCGUUUGCAAGACUUCCACCAUCAUCCUUGUAGUGUUCAGUGCUUUUGCACUCAUGGUUCAAGAAUCUGGGUUGGCUAUGCAAGUGGCAAAAUCCAAGUACUCGACCUUGAGGGAAGUAUUAUUGCCAGUUGGACUGCCCAUAAUGAGCCAGUCAUAAAGUUAGUCAUUGGGAAUGGUUAUGUCUUCAGUGUAGCAACUCAUGGUGGUAUACGUGGGUGGAACAUCUCCUCUCCAGCACCUAUUGAUGACAUAUUACGGAAGGAAUUGACUGAGAGAGAACAAAUGUAUACGAGGCGGGAGAAUGUUAGUAUUUUGAUUGGCACUUGGAAUGUAUGGAUAGGUUCUGCCGUAUCAGAUGUUGACAUUGUAGUUGUUGGGCUACAAGAAGUGGAAAUGGGUGCUGGUUUCCUCGCAAUGUCAGCAGCAAAAGAGACUGUAGGACUAGAAGGAAGUUCUCUUGGCCAAUGGUGGCAAGAUCACAUUGGCAAGGCUUUGGACGAAGGAUGUACUUUUGAGCGAGUAGGGUCCAGGCAGCUGGCUGCGUUGCUGAUAGCAAUUUGGGUGAGGAAAGAUCUUAGAAAACAUGCAGGGGACUUGGAUGUUGCAGCAGUGGCUUGUGGUUUAGGUCGUGCAAUUGGUAAUAAGGGAGGUGUUGGUUUAAGGUUGAGGGUAUAUGACCGAAUAAUAUGUUUUGUGAAUUGUCAUUUUGCUGCACAUUUAGAAGCAGUUAACCGUCGAAAUGCUGAUUUUGAUCAUAUAUAUCGGACAAUGACUUUCAGUCGGUCGUCCAACCUCUUUUACAAUGCUGCUGCUGGUGCUUCGUCUAAUCAGAUGAAUCGCGGCGCAAAUGGUGAAAAAGUUCCUGAAGAGGGGAGGCCUGAUCUUGGUGAAGCCGACCUUCUCAUCUUUUGCGGUGAUUUUAAUUAUCGUCUAUUUGGCAUAUCUUAUGAUGACGCGAGGGAUUUAGUUUCUCAAAGAAGCUUUGAUUGGCUGCGAGAGAAAGAUCAGCUGAGAGCAGAGAUGAAAGCUGGUAAAGUUUUCCAAGGAAUGCGGGAGGCGCUCAUCAGGUUUCCUCCUACUUACAAGUUUGAAAAAGGAAAGCCGGGUUUAGGAGGUUAUGAUUCGGGAGAGAAAAAACGAAUCCCCGCUUGGUGUGACCGAAUUUUGUAUCGUGAUAAUAGGACAGGUCCAACAAAAGAAUGCAGUUUAGAAUGCCCCGUAAUUGCUUCCAUAUAUCAAUACGAAGCUCGCAUGGAUGUGAUUGAAAGUGAUCAUAAACCCGUCCGAUGCAAGCUCAAUGUGGACAUUGCAUAUGUGGAUAAGUCGGUAAGGAGACAGGAGUUCGGAAGAAUACUUCACACAAAUGAUGCAAUCAAAGGCUAUCUUGAUGCUUUACGCUUUGUCCCGGAAACAACUGUUAGUACAAACCAGAUAUCGCUCCAGAACCAAGACACGUUCAACUUGAAAAUCACCAACCGAAGUGGGGAAGAGACGGUCUUUUUCCAUAUUGUAUGUGAAGGCCACUGCACCAUCAAGGAGGAAGAAGCGGCUCCAGAUUACAAACCAAGAGGCUCGCUUAGUUUCCCUCGUUGGCUUGAGGUCACACCUGCGGCCGGCAUGAUCAAACCGGAUCAAGUUGUGGAUAUAUCAGUACAUCAUGAAGAGUCCCACAAGUUGGAAGAACUCGUCGAGGGGAUCCCACAAAGCUGGUGGUCUGAGGACACCAGAGACAAGGAAAUGAUCAUGUUGGUGACCAUAAGAGGCAGUUGUUCUACUGAUAUGAAAACUCACAGGGUAACUGUGCGGCAUUGUUUCUCUGGAAAUACACUUCGUACAGAGCCGAGAAGUGGCAACACUUCCAAACGGAGUGAAGGUAGCGCACACCAUCGGUCUUCACCCUUGAGGUAGUUUACACGAAAUUUAGACGUCUAAGUGAUUAUAAU